CCCAAGCUCUACCGAUGUUACCUACAAGUCUUGGACAAAGGAGAAUUAUCAAGUUAUUGCAUGGUUGUUGAAUAGCAUGGAUUCCUCGAUUAGCCACUCAGUGAUGUUUUUAUCCUCGGCUAAAGGCAUUUGGGAUACGCUUCAUGAUAUGUUCUCGGAAUCUCAGAAUUUUUCACGGGUAUUCCAGCUUAUUCAAGAAAUUGGUCGGUUUCAACAAAACUCCAGAUCCUUAAAAGACUACUAUUCGAUGCUUCGGGGUAUGUGGGAUGAGUUGGAUAUGUAUCAGCCUCUUCCUUCCAAAUGUAAAGAGGAUCAUGAACAUGCUCAUAAGCAACGGGAUGAUACUCGUAUCAUGCAGUUCCUCGCUGGGUUGAGUUCUGAUUAUCUUCACGUUCGCGAUCAGGUUGUUAUGCAGGAUCCUCUUCCCCCAUUGACGACAGUCUAUGCCAUGUGUCAGCGUGCUAUGAUCUCUACUCUUCCUUCUCAUUCAUUUGUGCCACCCGAGCGUUCGGCACAUCUUGUUGGCGAUCAGUACUCCCUUGGUCUUAGGGUACCAUCCUUGAGCUCAGGGCGCAUUUCUGGUUUUAGUGGUCGUGGUAGAGGCCGCGAUCUAGAUCGCAGUCGCGGCGGCCGUAGUCUUCGUGGUCGUGGUGGACGUGGACGAGGACGUGAUGGUUCCCGCAUUUGUUCACAUUGCGGUGGAACUAAUCACACUAUUGAUUAUUACUGGCAGCUACAUGGUCGUCCUACGUAUGCCGCUGCUUCUGUUGCUUCCACUGUUGCUUCUGAGACAGUCUUCCACCCCGACAGCUGAGCAGUCUACUUCAGGGGAGUCUCUUAUUAUUUCUCGGGCGGCAUAUGAUGCCCUUAUGCGGCUUCACAUUCGGGAUAUUCCUGAGCCUUCUCACGCAGCUUCGGCCCAGUCAGGACCUACAGACGAAGAGAGUGAUUGGUGGGGGCAUGAGCGAGGAGGCGUUUAUCUUCUCGAUGAUACACCUGUUGCCGCUUCUAGUACCCUUUCUCUAGAUCAAGAGUCCAUGACUCGGUGGCAUUGCCGCUUAGGCCACCCAUCCAUUGCUAGAUUGAGACUUUUAUUUCCCUCCUUACCUGUCACUAAACCAUUAUGCUGUGAUAUUUGUGAAUUGUCUAAACAUCAUCGUGCUACGUUUCCUCCUAGCUCUUCUGGGAGGAAAUCUCAACCUUUUCUUCUGGUUCACUCGGAUGUUUGGGGACCAGCUCCGGUUACCUCGACUUUUGGAUUUAGAUAUUUUGUUACCUUUAUUGAUGAUUAUUCCCGCAUGACUUGGAUUU